CCUAGGAUAUAUUUUGUCAUAAUUAUCUUUAGCUUGCUAGCUGUACACUGUUUGGUGAGGGCUUAGGAAACUAAGCAUACUUUACACCAUUGCUUUCUCUCUCAUACGAUACACCAUCGAUCCAACCGGAGUCCAUACUACAUUCCCAAAUUCCUAAGAAAAGAUGAAUGACGAAUUGCCCAAUGUGAAAAAGUGGGUGGUAUUAUACCCAGUAUACAUCAAUUCGAAGAAAACAAUUGCUGAAGGUCGCCGAAUUUGCGCUACCAAAGCUUGUGAAAAUCCUACUUGCGAUGAAAUUGGAGAUUGCUGCAAAUUUCUCAAUCUUCCUUAUCACAAAGAGGCUGAGAAGGCGUAUCCAAGGGAUUUUAUGCAGAGAGGGAGGGUGAGAGUAUUGCUAAAACAAGAAGAUGGGAGUUUAUGUAACCCUGAGAUUUCGUCGAGAAAGCAUCUGAUGCUGAAAAUUGCAGAAAUGGUACCUCGUCAUAUUGGAAGAACUACAAAGAAGCAAGAAUCAACUUCUAGCUCUAGUAAUGCACCUGCAAAAUCUGGCAAGGGUGGGAAAAAGAAAAAAUAGAUCUGAUUUAUUGCUUCACCAAUCCUUCUUGUUCAACUUCACAUUAGAAAAUGAACUGUAAAUUGCCAGUUCAUAUGUGACGAGUAUUAGAAGCAUUGUGUUAAAUGUCCGGUGAUGAAAUUCCAGCUGAUCUUUGCCAUGUCUUUUGCUUAUCACGGAUCAUUUCUGCUAGGCUUUUAGCCAAUCACAAGAGCUCAAUCUUGUCCAGAAAUUUUUUCUAUAUACAUGUUUGGUUUUUCUGUCAGGGAAGUUCUGUUUUACUUUUGGUGAUCUA